AUGCCAGGCGGCGUGGAGGACGUUAGAGAAGAUACGGGGCUCCUUACGUUGACAAAGAGUGGUAUUGUUCGACGACUUACCCGACCCCGGCUAUGGGUUCUCCUCGGCGCCCUUCUCUGCUUUGGGGCCUUCAGUUCCAUGUGCUGGUUUUUUCUCGUGCUCUGGCUGCGGCAGCGGCUCUCCCCAGCGUUCCCGAACAGCGGAUACGGACAGAUCCUCGAACAAUGGAAGGCCCCAUCGCCGAAGGGGCCCUGGCUUCCCACAUUGCCCCAGGAGCUCGGCGGUGAUAUUAUACCGGUCCCCUGUCAUAGCCACAACGACUACUGGCGUCCUGUCCCGUUAUAUGGAGCGCUUGCCGUGGGCUACACCAGCGUCGAAGCGGACAUCUGGCUGGAUUCGGACACGAAUCGAUCGAGCGACCUCUUAGUAGGGCACUCUCGAGGGGCGUUGACCCCGGAGUGCACGCUAUCUAGCCUCUAUAUCACCCCUCUCGUCCAAAUCCUCGACCAUCAGAACGAAGGACAGGACGCCGUGGCGCCUCGGGUCGGGGUGUACAACCUUGAGCCAAACGCCACCCUCGUGCUCCUCCUCGAUUUCAAGGAGAGGGGGGCGGACCUGUGGGAGCUGGCACACGAACAAACAGAGCCACUGCGCCAGAAGGGCUAUCUCCGCCACUGGAACGGGACCGACCUGGUCCCUGGCCCGAUUACCAUCGUCGCGAGCGGAGAGGCCGCUUUCGACCUCGUCGUCUCCAACACCACAUACCGCGAUAUUUUCUUUGACGCCCCCCUCGAGAAACUCGUUGUUGACGAUCGCUACAACUGGACCAAUUCGUACUACGCUAGUUCGUCCCUCGCUCGGGCGGUCGGAACUCCGUGGCUCGGUCGGCUAAGCACAUCACAGCGGUCAACCGUCGAGCUCCAAGUGCAGGCGGCCCGCCAAAGAGGACUACUGGCGAGGUACUGGGGCACCCCUUCCUGGCCAGUCUCAACUAGGACGGCGAUGUGGAGAACUCUGGUUAGCCUUGGAGUUGGUGUUUUGAACGUCGACGACCUAAUCCCGGCCGGCCUGUGGAACUGGGACUGGUGUGUUGUGGCCGGUGUUUCUCUUUGCGGUUAA